CAGGCAACCUGUCAUUGCAUGGCAAUAGUUGGUAUCGUCUUAUUCUUGCUUAUCCCACGUGCUGGUGGAGGGAAUCCUUCGAUCUUGGCGCGAGCGAGGGUUGAAGUUCCGAGACUCCCGGUUUUCGUCUCGCGGCUACCACCUCAAUGCCAAGACUUUGACUCACCCUCAGCCAACAUGGCGUCCGCAGAUGCAAUCUCCCAGCUCCGGCUGAUGGCAGAUCCCCAGCCUGGCACAGGCACCAUCCCCCCGACCCUGCGCACGCUGGUCCCCCAGCACGCCGCAUGCGCCGAAGCCCUCCGCGUGGCCGAGCACUGGCUGCCCGCCGCGAUCCUCAACCACAGCUUCCGCGUCUUCCUCUACGCCCACGCCUUCCUCGCACUCCCCUCCGACCAUCGCUCCCCAGAGGAAAAAGAGGACGCCAACGCGAACGUCCCGCUGCCCGUGCUCUUCACAACCGCCAUCCUCCACGACAUCGGCGCCGCCACUGUGUUCGACUCCCGCCCGCAGCGCUUCGAGGUCCUCGCUGCCGAUGCCGUCGCUGCUAUUUUGCGCGACCACGGCUGCGGGCCCGAGGCCGUCGUGCGCGAGUCCUGGCUCGCCGUGGCGCUGCACGCCAGCCCGGGGAUUGCCGAGGCGCUCGGCGGGGUGGUGCGCGCGGUGCGGCUGGCUGUGCUGGCGGAUUUUGGGGCGCACGCGAAGCCGGAUGUCGGGAGGUCUUGGCCGGUGAUGCUGCCUGUGGGUGGCAAUGGGCUGCAGGGGGGCAGGCCUUCGGAGGAGACGGAGGAGGGAUGGUUGGAGAGGGCGCUGCCACGGUUGGAUGUCGAGAAGGUGCUUGGGGAUAGGGUGGUUGAAGGAGCGAUGGGGGAAUUGGAGAGCGUGAAAGCGCCUGGGGGGUCGUGGCCGGGGGAUCUGGUCAGGGCGAAAAAGGCGGCGCCGCCGGGGUGGGAAGGGGUGAAUCCGGCGUUUUGAGGGGAGGUAAGAAGGGUGGUGAUCUCCUGCUUGUAUUGUUGAUGCGCGGUCGUCACGGCGGCGACGCCGAGCGAGAGCAAGUUGGCGGAGCCAAAGGAGCUCGGCGCGGCGGACGCGGUGGUGGAGGCCACCAAGGACUUCAGCCCGCUGCUGCAGAUGGCCAGCGGCGUGCAUGUCAGCUUCCUUGGCAGUUUCGUCUUCGGCACGCCCGAGUUUCCCCAGUGGGAUGUUCUGCUGAAAAAGAUCGUCAUUGAGGACGGGUGGGCCAGGGGCAAGAUGGUGGUCGUUGUGGACGAGAACUCGUCCCGGUGAUGGAAACCAGAUUCGAUAUGCCGGAACAGAGGGGGCCACAGGCCAAGGAGUUAAGCCUCUCAAUGCACAGCUGCUAUUCUCGUUGCGUCUGCCCAAUCGUCUUCCGGACCGCCCAGCUUUCGAGUCAAGAUUGCCACUGGAUAUCCACGGGGUUCCAAAGUUAUACCCGAGGGCCAAAGGAAAAGUGGGUAUUUU